ACAGGAACAAUCAAAAUGAGCUUUUGGAUAGGAGCAAGGGAGCUUUCUAUCACUUGGAGUGAGGAUCCACAGUAUUGGAAUUGGCUUCAUCUUGAUUCUUGCAGUGGGGAGGUGGCUGAGCUUGUAAGAAGCUGCUGGCUGGAAAUCAUCGGAAAAAUCGACACGAGAAGCCUGCGUUUGAAGACGAGUUACAGUGCAUAUCUCGUGUUCAAGCUGCAAGAAGGGUGCAAGGAGCUGCAGAAGGCGACUGCAUCGGUGAGGUUCGUGAAAGAGAUAGGCGAGGGCAGCGCUGACGAGGGCUAUGGCGUCUUCAUCGACACCACGGCCUGCGAUGCUGGAGAAAGGGGCCGGUUUCCUCACUGCCGCAGCGACGGCUGGAUGGAGAUCAAGCUCGGGGAGUUCUUCAACAAUCUGGGAGAUGAUGGGGAGGUGGAGAUGCGCUUGAUCGAGAAGAAUAAUCCUAAAUGGAAAAUCGGUCUUGUUGUUCGGGGCAUUGAUAUUCGACCUAACUAGUUUUGGACCUAACCGGAGGAGUUGGAACUCGUUGGCUAAAGAAGGUCGUCGCCGACUUGCCAACAUCUGAAGAAGUGUUUUUUCUUAUCUAGUGCAAAAUGUGUAAGCAAUAAAAUGUUGGAAUGGAAACUAAGUUGUCAUAGAGUCAGAGGCCGAUUACUGGAAUUCUCCGAUGAUAAACAUGGGCUGGCUGUCCAUGUCUUUCGGGUAAAGGCAGCUCGGUUUUAAAUCGAGAUUGAAAUGAGAGUUCAACAACUACAUAUACAUACAAGCAUACCUGUAGUAGUAGACUCGAAGUUGCUUGGAAAACCGGAUCUUUACAAGGUAGCAAUCAAUAUUUUUACAGCAGAGGUAUAUAUCCAAAAGAAUAAACCAAUGGGAGUAGAGAAUGUUGAAUGAGAGUUACUCCUCAUCGUCCAGCCCCGGGAUGAACAGCAGACUAACAUCGAAGAUCACCGGGCUGUUGGCAGCGACACGUGGCCUUCCCGGAGCUGAAGUCAGCCCUUUGGGAAAUGCUAGCUGAUCAAAACACAAUGCACCUUCUGCUAUCAGCAUAAACUCACACAACUUUUUCUCCAUAAUUUGACGUCAAAAAUUCUAUUUCUUGAUCUCUUUUCAAGUUGAAUAUCUCAAGAGUUUAACCAAUUCUUAUGCAUGAAGGGAUGCUAUGCUUUCUUUUUAGCAAGAUAUCUUAAUCUGGUAUGAAAAGAUCAUAUACUGAGGCA